AUUAUUAAAUUCCAGUCUUUGUCUCCACCUCCAUUAUUGUUAUUCAAUAUCAAGCUUUAUUUGCGUGUGUCUCUCUUUCCUUGAAUUUUUUUUUGGCUAUAAAAAUCAAAACUUUAACUGAAGAAUUCAGUCACGUUUCUUGCUUUGGGUCUGCUGAAUCAUUGACCUUGAAUUCUGGGGUUUGAUUGGUUUGGUCUUGGGUGCUUUUCUUUGAAGGGGGAGAACUGGGUUUUCUCAAGUUUGCUAUCUGGGAAAUUGGGUUUGGGUUUCCUCCCCUUGUUGAUAUUGAAAGCCCAGCUAAUGAUUGUAAAGAUCCACCUUCAACUGUGAUAUAUUGAAGAAUUACUUGUGUUUUCAAUUCACUUCAAUUCUGAUACUUUGUUUGUUUUUGCUAAAGGUAAAUUUGGAUACUUUUGCUCCUGGGAUUUUAUUUUCCUUUGGAUUUUCAAAAUAUCUGCCCCAAAACGAAUUGUGCAUAUUCAUUUCACAGUCAAUUUGGUAGCAUUUGCAAAGGACCAACCUUUGUAUUCUCGGCAAGAAUUCAAUAUUUGUGAAUUUUUGGCUGUUUGGGUCAUUGUGUCUGAAAAUCCUCUUCAUCUAGCUUGUGUUUGCUCUUCCCCUUAUCCUCAAUCUGAAAAAAAAAAGAGAGUAUAUAAUUUGACCGUUGGACAAAAUUUUUAUUGAAGCAAAUAUUUGUAGGUGGUUGAGCUGCUUUAUAGAUUUUCCAUUAGCUUUAAACCUUUGUUUUGAAGAUUUUUAAGAUAUCACAAGAUGACGAUUGGAAAUCUUGCACCAAAGAAGGAAAGGAAGUCACGAAAGAACAAAGGAGUUAUUGAUGAGAAUGCCCCCUUGUUGCCCAAAGGACAAGAGGAUGUUGUGUUUGAUGAGUUUAAUGGAGCUUCCUUUACUGGAGCAGUGUUCAAUUUAUCAACCACAAUUGUUGGUGCUGGGAUCAUGGCUUUGCCUGCAACCAUGAAAGUGUUGGGCCUUGUCCUUGGAAUUUCCAUGAUCAUCUUUAUGGCCUUCUUGACCGAAGCUUCAAUUGAACUGAUACUUAGGUUCAGCCGAGCUGGGAAGUCUGCUUCUUAUGGAGGUCUUAUGGGGGAGGCCUUUGGAAAAUAUGGGAAAAUUUUGUUGCAGAUAUCUGUUCUGGUCAACAACCUUGGCGUGCUCAUUGUCUACAUGAUUAUUAUUGGUGAUGUGCUUUCUGGAACAUCUUCAAGUGGUGUUCACCAUGCUGGUGUAUUUGAAGGAUGGUUUGGAGAACACUGGUGGACUGGGCGUGCCAUUAUUCUUCUUGUCACCACGCUUGGCAUAUUUGCUCCAUUGUCAUGCUUUAAGCGAAUCGAUUCAUUGAGCUUCACGUCUGCCUUAUCAGUUGCACUAGCAGUUGUAUUUCUUGUUAUUACUGUUGGAAUUACGGUCGUUAAGUUGUUCAAUGGAAGCAUUGCGAUGCCCAGAUUGUUACCUGAUGUUACCGACGUUUCAUCAUUCUUCAAACUCUUCACUGUAGUCCCUGUUCUUGUCACUGCAUACAUUUGUCACUACAAUGUCCACAGUAUCCACAACGAACUUGAAGACUCGACGCAGAUAAGAGGGGUUGUGCAAACCUCACUUGCUUUAUGCUCAUCUGUUUACAUAAUGACAAGCCUUUUUGGGUUCCUCCUAUUUGGGGACGGAACUCUUGACGAUGUGCUUGCCAACUUUGACACCAACCUUGGCAUACCUUACAGUUCCGUGCUCAAUGAUGCUGUUCGUGUCAGCUAUGCUGCUCACCUUAUGCUUGUGUUUCCCAUUGUCUUCUUCCCAUUGCGGCUCAACUUAGAUGGCCUUCUCUUUCCCUCUGCAAGGCCGUUGGUUCUGGAUAAUAUGAGAUUUGCACUGGUCACCAUUGGGCUCAUAAGUGUUAUCUUCUUGGGUGCAAACUUUAUCCCCAGCAUCUGGGAUGCUUUCCAGUUCACUGGAGCAACUGCUGCAGUUUGCCUUGGGUUCAUUUUUCCUGCUGCAAUUACCCUCAAGGAUCGACACAACAUAGCAACUAAGAAGGACAAGAUCUUGAGUGUUUUUAUGAUUGUACUUGCUGUGUUCUCAAACGCGGUGGCCAUAUAUAGUGAUGCCUAUGCCUUGUUCAAGAAUUCAUCACGGCGUGAAUGAUAUCCGAUGUGAGGACAUGCUGGAAGGUGCUCAUGUUUUUAGUGAAGAUCAACUGGCUGGAUCCAAACUGUAUUAGAAAACCAGGGUUUUCUGAGAGCGUUCAAUAAAAAAUAAAGGAACACUCUGCACAAUUUAUAAAAUGUUAGUUUGCUUAGUGCAAGAAGUGGGCGAUGGAAUUCAUUGCCCUCCGCACGUGUGUUGUUGUAUUACAUUGUUCUUCACAUUGAACUCUUUUUUUGUACCAGAAUGAAGUGAGCUUUGAGAAAUACAAAUAUGUAUUAUAAAUUUGUCAUGCAAUUUUCUUUGCACAA